CCGGUGUCGGCGACGCGGUCGCUGCAGUCGCUUCAGCAGCUGGACCCCGAGUCGCAGUCGCUGGGGCCGCUCGCCGCUCGCGCGGGGCUCAGCCGGGCCCGUAGCCAUGGAGGACUUUAUCGUGAUCUCCGACGACAGUGGCUCCGAGAGCUCGGCCGGGACCCGCUCGGGCAGGGCGCGGAGGCUGCGCCGGGCCCUGUCCCGGACCCCCGGCGCGCUGCCCCGCCGAACCGUGGACUUUAUUGACUUAACUAGAGAAACUCGAACAAGGGCAAAAGAUCGGAAUGGACUCUGUGUGAUUGAUCUGACAAGAAGUGAGGAAGAAAAUAGGCCUAUUGCCACUCUCGAUUUGACUUUAGAACCUGUAGCUUCCUCUCAGAAGGAGCCACCCAGUCUUCAGACAUGUACCAAUCUCUCAGGCAAAGAGAUGAUUGAAGCUCAAGGAGACAGAGGCACUCAGCCUGCAGCACAGAGAAUCAUUAACAAUGAUCCUGUAGAUUUGGAUUUGUUGGAGGAAAACAUGUUUGAAGGUUCUCGACCCCCUACAUCCAUCAGCCAGGACUCUGUUUAUCCACCAGAACCAAACUGUAGCUCAAUCACAUAUAAAGGUGACCUCAGCUUCUUGACAAGCCUACAGCUCUCUUCAGAUGUUAGCCCCUUCUCCUCCACAAGCAAUAACAGUAGUAGCAGCAGCAAUCAGAGGACCUCUUUGCCAUGCCCACAGCAAGAUGUGCCUUGCCAAUCACAAGGCUUGCUAUGCUCACUUCAGGCCUUAUCAUGCCCAUUAAGAGGUUCACCAUGUCCACCACGAGCUUCCUCAUGUCCACCACAAGCCCUGUCAUGCCCACCACAAGCUUUGUCAUGUCCAUCACAGACUUUGUCAUGCCCAACUCAAGCCUUGUCAUGCCCAUCACAGACUGUGCAGUGCCAGCUCCAAGCAUUGCCUCAACCACCUCAAGAAGUGCCAUGCUCUACCCAAAAUGUACCAUGCCCUCAGCAGAAUAUCCCAAGCACACCUCAAGACUUACCAUGGCAUCCUCGACACCCCCUAUACCCAUCCCAAGACACUCUGGGCCUACCUCAAGAUGUUCCAGGCCGACCUCAAAACGUAUCAUAUCCACAAGACAUGACACAACUACAAGACAUGCCAUGGUCACUGCAAGACAUGCCGCUGUCACUACAAGAUGUGCUACAGUCACUGCAAGAUGUGCCACCAUUGCUGGGGGAUGUGCCACAGUCGCCAGAAGUGAUGCAGUUACCAGGAUAUAUGACACAGUCAUCAAGAAAUGUGAUUCAGUCAUCAGCAGGUGUGAUCCGAUCGUCAGGAGGUGUGAUGCAGCCAUCAGGAUGUAUGAUGCAGUCAUCAGGAGGUGUGACCCAGUCACUAAGAAGUGUGAUGCAGUCAUCAGGAGGUGUGACUCAGUCACUAAGAAGUGUGAUGCAGUCAUCAGGAGGUGUGAUGCAGUCAUCAGGUGUGACGCAGUCACUAAGAAGUGUGAUGCAGUCAUCAGGAGGUGUGAUGCAGUCAUCAGGUGUGACGCAGUCAUCAGGAGGUGUGACAUGGUCACUAAGAAGUGUGAUGCAGUCAUCAGGAUGUAUGAUGCAGUCCCCAGGAGGUGUGAUGCUGUCAGCAGGAGAUAUGAUGCAAUCAUCUGGAGGUGCGACACGGUCACUAAGAAGUGUGAUGCAGUCAUCAGGAUGUAUGAUGCAGUCCCCAGGAGGUGUGACCCAGUCAUCAGGAAGUGUGAUGCAGUCACUAAGAAAUGUUAUUCAGUCAUCAGGAGGUGUGACACAGUCAUCAGGUGGGGUGAUACAGUCCUCAUUGGGUGUGCCACAAUCAUUAAGAGAUCGGAUGCAGUCACCAGGAAGUGUGUCACAGUCAUCAGGAGAUGUGAUACAAUCACCAAGAGGUGCGUCACCAGCAUCAGGAGAUGUGAUAAAGUCACAAGGAGGGGUGCCACGGUCAUUAAGAGAUAGGAUGCAGUCACCAGGAGGUGUGCCACAGUCAUCAGGAGAUGUGAUACAAUCAGAAGGAGGUGUGUCACCUGCAUCAGGCAAUGCAAUGCAGUCACCAGAUGUGUCGCCUGCAUCAGGAGAUGCAAUGCAGUCACCAGGACGUGUGACACCAUCAUUAGGAGAUGUGCCACAGUCAUCAGGAGGUGUGUCACCUGCAUCAGGAGACGCAAUGCAGUCACCAGGAGGUGUGACCCCAUCAUUAGGAGACGCAAUGCAGUCACCAGGAAGUGUGUCACCAGCAUCAGGAGAUGGGAUGCAGUCACCAGGAGGUGUGUCACCAUCAUUAGGAGAUGUGCCACAGUCACCUGGCAAUAUGUUAGAGUCACUUGGAAAUACACCAAACUUAUCAGGAGAUGUGUCACACGUACCACAAGAGUUAUUGGAUUUGGCAAAAGGCAGGCCCAAAUCGUCCCUGAAUGCUGUGCAGAAUCGCCAUUCUCCUAUGACUAUCUCGGCUCCAUCCUCUCCAAGCUGCUCUGCUAACCCACUGUCUCAACAGUCUGAAUUUUCCUCAGAAAAACGUCCUUGGCUCAUGGUCUCAAACAGCUCAGCCAGAGAAGAGAGAUCACUGCCACAGUCUGCCACCCCUGGCUCUGCCCAGAUACAGGGACAAAUAGCACAAGCUGGGGUGUACAAUAGGCCUUGCCUGCAUAGACUGAAGUACUUCCUACGGCCUCCAGUACAUCAUCUCUUCUUCCAGACGUUAAUACCGGAUAAAGACACACGAGAGAGCAAGGGUCAGAAAUUAGAACCCAUCCCUCAUCGAAGACUAAGAAUGGUGACAAACACUAUUGAGGAAAACUUCCCUUUGGGAACUGUGCAGUUUUUAAUGGACUUUGUUUCACCCCAACAUUACCCACCCAGAGAAAUUGUGGCUCACAUCAUCCAGAAAAUCCUGCUGAGCGGCUCUGAGACUGUGGAUGUCCUCAAGGAGGCCUACAUGCUUCUCAUGAAAAUCCAACAGCUGCAUCCAGCCAAUGCCAAGACAGUGGAGUGGGACUGGAAACUGCUCACCUAUGUCAUGGAGGAAGAGGGGCAAACUCUACCUGGACGAGUUCUCUUUCUACGGUACGUGGUGCAGACCCUGGAGGAUGACUUCCAGCAGAUCCUGAGGAGACAGCGGCAGCACCUACAGCAAUCCAUUGCAAACACUGUUCUGUCAUGUGACAAACAGCCCCACAACGUCAGAGACGUUAUCAAGUGGCUGGUCAAAGCAGUGACUGAAAAUGCAUUAACUCCACCCCAGGACGAGACGCAGACCUCUCCAGGACCAGGAGUCUUGAAAACGAGCAGUGACCAUCUGUCACCCCAGCCUAACCUGGCCAGGAACACCAAUCAACUGAUUGUGUGUCAGCUUCAGAGGAUGCUGUCCAUCGCCGUAGAGGUAGACAGGACUCCAACCUGCAGCUCCAAUAAAAUAGCGGAGAUGAUGUUUGGGUUUGUGCUGGACAUCCCCGAGAGGAGCCAGAGGGAGAUGUUCUUUACUACCAUGGAAAGCCACCUUCUGCGAUGCAAAGUCUUAGAAAUCAUAUUCCUCCACAGCUGUGAGACACCCACCCGUCUCCCCUUGUCUCUGGCCCAGGCCCUCUAUUUUCUGAACAACUCCACAUCCCUGCUCAAGUGUCAGUCAGAUAAAAGCCAGUGGCAGACGUGGGAUGAGCUGGUUGAACAUCUGCAGUUCCUGUUGUCCAGUUAUCAACAUGUGCUCAGAGAGCACUUACGGAGUUCAGUAAUUGAUCGGAAAGACUUAAUCAUCAAACGAAUUAAGCCCAAGCCCCAGCAAGGAGAUGACAUCACAGUGGUGGAUGUGGAGAAGCAGAUUGAGGCCUUCCGUAGCCGCCUGGUCCACAUAUUGGGAGAACCUUUAGUCCCCCAGCUCCAAGACAAAGUGCAUUUGUUGAAGCUGCUGCUCUUCUACGCCGCGGACUUGAACCCCGACACAGAGCCUGCCUCAGAGCGCUGAGGCAGCCAGACUUCUAAGCACUGAGCACCAAGAAUACCUCCUGACUGUCGCCAGCUACUUAGAAGCCCUGAAGUAUGAACGGUAGUUAGGAAUAUCACAGGACCAAACCUAUCUUAUUUAUCUGUAGGUUGUAAUAACUUUAUAACUCUUCAGUAUAUAUCUUUUUUAUAAUCUUUAUCCUAGCCUAUUCAAAUUUGGCUUAAAUAUACAAGGUGUAUAUAUUUUUUAUUAAAUUAUUUAUCUAUGCUUUUAAAACAGGCAGUGAUAUGCACUAUAUGUCCAACAUUUCCACGCAAGAUGGGAAAGAACCCUUCUGCUGAGCGAUCUAUCAGUGUUACAAUGUCAAGGUACUGACGGCCUGUUUCUGGAAAGACAUUAGCUUUUCCAGAACAGACCACAUUCUAUACUAGACUUUUUACAUUGCCCAUGAAUGUGACUCUGUGGCCAGUUUAUUAAAUCUAAUAUAACAAAGCAGGCAAAGAUACAAAAGGAUAAAGUCUCUUAAACAUCUGAUGUCAAUAUGACAAUAAAAAGUUUACAAUGCUCGGGCUCCACUACGGGGCAGGCAGAUGGACAAGAAAGACCUGGGCUUGAGAAAGUAGUAAAGAUUUUUAUUUGUCAAUACAAGAUAACACAAAUAAAUUAAUUUUUACAACAA